AUGAAACGAAAGUUUCGCGCCAAAUGUCGUUUCCGAGCUGUAGCUCGUAUGGUGAUGGCUAAUUACUAUUGGAUGAUAGAAGCUGCUGAGCAGUACGAAGGAGUUGAAGAUGUAAAGAGGCGAGUUGCGCAAGCUGUGCGCGGAAAGGCCAAGAAAAAACGACUGUUGGCUAUCACUGAUAAAGCGCUUCUGAAUAAGCCUAACAGUGAAAGAACUGAUGAAGAGAAGAAAUAUAUUUAUCGCAUCAUUGGAGGACUCAAAUGUUUCAAAAAAUAUCCAAACCAUGUAAAAAAGAAGUUGGCGGCGGUUACCUACUUUAAGUACUAUAGCCCCAAUCGAGUGAUAGUUCGUCAACACCACGAAGCGCAUGCGCUGUAUUUCAUAGUCACUGGUGACGUCAUCGUUAGCCAGUCUGUAUUUGAUGAGCUGCUGCAGCAAUAUGUUCAAGUGGAUAUUGAUGUUAAACAUCACUCAAGUUCAACUAAAAAAGACAGUUUGACUACGUCAGAUACGACAGCGCCGUCUGGAACUGCGGAUACAUCGUCAGCAAUGCGGUCUUCAAUGGAAGCUGAUUUAUCGUCACCUGGUGAACAACGAUCCCCUAGCAGAUCUGUUCUUCUAUUGGCACCUUCUGAACACCGAGAAUCAGUGAGGUUUAGCGUGCAACAUCAAUUGAGACCAAAAAACCUUCGGACUUACUUCAUGCAGGUGUGCCGAUUUUAUCCUGGAUCAACAUUCGGGUUUGGUGAGAACAUGCGGGACCGUCGGAUUAUUGCGUUGACCCCCGUCGACUGUAUGCUAUUGCCAAAAAUGUGGCUUCUACAACGAAACACCGCUAAUAUCUGGUCACGUAUCCAACACUUUUUGGAGAAAAAGAUACCAACAAAGCGUCAGCUGUUCCGUGAAUUUGUCUCUGCACGUCGCUGGCAGGAGUUUCGUGAUCAGCUCGUGGGUGAUAUUGUAGCGCGCUCUAAAACCGUCAAUUUGACAUCCGUUCAUGAUGUGCCCUACUCUAUUCGCAUGGAAGAGAUGCUUGAUAUUUGA